AUGCAAAUCUUUUAUCUCGUGGUCGCAUUCAUCCUAGCGGCUACCGCCAUCGAAUCAGCCGCCGUUGAACGCUCUGAAUUCAAAUGUUGUCUCGCUCUCCUGAAAGACGAUGUACUUUCUGGAAAGGUUUUGACUCCGUGCAACGAGGAUUUCCACCAUCGUUUGGAGUCAUACUACUCCGCCAAUGCGGCCGAGCCACCUCGCUGCAUGGUGUUGCCUCAGACCGCUGAAGACGUCGCCAGGACCAUCCAGAUCAUAUCUGCUCGAAACUGUUCCUUUGGAAUGAGAAUCGGGGCUCACUCGGCGUUCCGCGGCUCGAACGGGCUCAAGGAUGGCAUCACAGUCGAUUUCGGCUACAUGAACUCGACCGAAUAUGACCCGACCACCGGCAUCGCUUCCGUCCGCCCAGGCUCGAACUGGGGCGAUGUAUACUCCGCUCUGGAUCCGUUCGGUGUCACGGCUGUUGGAGGACGAGCUUCUGUCGUCGGGGUUGGGGGUUUUACUACGGGCGGUGGGUACUCUUUCCACAGCAACAGGAGAGGAUUCGCUUGCGACAAUGUUGUCAACUUCGAGGUUGUCCUCGCCAAUGGUACCAUUGUGAAUGCAAACGCACACGAGAACGCUGGCCUCUGGAGAGCUCUCAAGGGGGGCUCGGGAAACUUUGGUUUCGUCACACGGGUUGAUGUCGAGGUCGUCCGUUCGACCCAGAUAUGGGGCGGGAUCACAACCUACGACCUGAGCAAGACAGGCGACGUGGUCAACGCUUACGUGAAUUUCGUCAACAACAUGGACGAAGACCCGGCGAGCCAGGCCAUCGUGACUCUGCUGUAUGGCCAGCAGGGGUUGAGCCUCGUUGCAGUGUUAACAAACAGUGACGCGAAAAGUUCCGCGCCCGCCUUUCGAGAAUUUGCCAGUAUUGCCAACGUUUCAAGCACAGCUCGCGUCGGAUCUGUCGCAGAGAUGGUUCCUGAGUUCACCGGACCAACUCCCCUAGGACUCUACGCCAAUUGGAGGACAGGCAUGACCUCACACAGCGCCGCUUUUAUGGACUUUGUUCUUCGUACCGUGCCCGAAUACACGAAGAGAAUGCAGCUCGCAGCUCCGGCCUCCGACUUCGAGCUUCUCACUCAAUUCCAGCCUGUGACCAAGUCGAUGGUGGCCCAUGGCGACGAACGAGGUGGCAACGUCCUCGGCCUUGGGAGGGUGGUCGCAGACGGCUCGGCUCUCAUGUGGCUCCUAGCACUCACCGUGGAUACCGCAAAGAACCAGGAGUUGAUCUUGCCUCUCUUGCUCGAUCUUGAGCGUGUCAUCAACCAGUUUGCUGUUGAGAAGGGACUUCAAGAAGACUGGGAGUUCCUAAACUACAGCGGCUUUGAUCAGACGCCAAUUUCGCACUAUGGCGAGGAAACAGUCCACUUCAUGAGGAAUAUUUCGUUGGAGUACGACCCAGGCAGAGUUUUCCAGGACCUUCGGAAGACGGGCUUUCAGAUCCCUGUUUGA